AGAUGGAUAUUAAGUUUGCCGAUUGAAUAACGGAAAAAAAAAAAGGGGAAGUUUUUAAUCUUCGGGUGCAUCUUGCGAAAUGAAAUACAAUCCGAGGGUGCUAUAUUUUUUUCAUUUUUCAUCUUUGAGGGUGCAUUGUGUCUAACUUGCCAUACUUUGGGGUACAAAAUGCAAAUUUGAGGGUGCAGAGUGCCUAACUUGCAAUAUUUUCGGGGUGCAUAAUGCAAAUUAGACACUAGACAGCUCAUCUUUAACUUGGCAUCUUUAUACAGAGCUGUACACUCACCCCUUCUUACCACUGUCCCGUCACUUCCACCACUCUGACUCAUCACUCUGCCACCCACCACAACCACCGUCCACCACCCCCCACUUUUUCUUUUUUUACCCCCCAACACUUGUAUAUAUAUACUUUCCCCCCCAAUAGUAAACAGUACCUCAAUUCUCUUGAUUCUCUCUCCACCAUUAUAUUACAGAAACAACAAACAGCAAAAGCUUCAACUUCCAUCAAUGGCGGCAUAAUUAAUUGAUCACAACAGAUUUUUUUUUUUUUCCCCGAAACAUGGUAGUGGUGGCGGUAUUUGUUCGGAGAUGAAGGAUCGACAGAGGUGGCAGCCGGAAGAAGACGCUCUCCUCCGCGCCUACGUCAAGCAGUACGGCCCGAAGGAAUGGAGCCUCAUCUCUCAGAGAAUGGGCAAAACCCUAGAUAGAGACCCUAAAUCCUGCCUCGAGCGGUGGAAGAAUUACCUCAAGCCGGGAAUCAAAAAAGGAUCACUCACCGCCGACGAACAGCAUCUCGUCAUUUCUCUUCAGGCCAAGUACGGCAACAAGUGGAAGAAGAUCGCCGCCGAGGUCCCCGGCCGCACCGCCAAGCGCCUCGGCAAGUGGUGGGAGGUUUUCAAGGAGAAGCAGCUCAAGCACCUCCAGAGGUCUUCUUCUCACCACCACCUGGAUUACGGCAUUACACCGCCCGGCAGCUCCGCCGCCGGCGGCGGCGCCGCCGCCUCGCCGGAGGGGAAGUACGACCAUAUCCUCGAGACGUUUGCGGAGAAGUACGUGCAACCUAAUUUAUUCUCCUCCUUCCAAUCCCCUACAUCGCCUGGAAUAAUCAUGCCGGCGGCGGCGGCGGUCAGUAACCUAACGCUCCCCGAUCCGCCGCCGAAUUCCGGCGCGGCGCUUCCGCCUUGGUUGAACAUGAACAGCACACCAACAACGACGUCGUCUCUAACAUCUUCGUCCUCCUCCACCACGCCGUCUCCCUCCGUGAGCCUGACGCUGUCACCAUCCGAAGCGGCGGCGGUGGUGGUGGAUCCGAUCCAGCCGCUGGCGAACCGGUUCAACUUCCCGAUCCAACAGGUGGGGAUUCUGAUCCAGCACUGCAAGGAGCUGGAAGAAGGGAGGGAGAAUUUGAUGAGGCAUAAGAAGGAGGCGACGUGGCGGCUGAGCAGGGUGGAGCAGCAGCUGGAGGCGGAGAAGGCGCGGCGGAAGAGAGAGAAGACGGAGGAGGUGGAGGAGAGGAUAAGGAGGUUGAGGGAGGAGGAGGCGGCGUACGUGAGCAGAAUGGAGGCGGAGUACAGAGAGGAGAUGAAGGGUUUGCGUAGGGAUGCAGAAGCUAAAGAAGACAAAUUAAUGGAGGAAUGGUGCAGUAAUCACGUGAAGCUGGAGAAGCUGCUUCAACAGAUUGGUGGGGCCCACCCCUGUGCCUUCUCUAUUCAUAAACACAAUAAACAUUACUUUUUUUAUUUAUUUUUUUUUCAGUUU